AGCUGCUGGCCUCCGUACAGGCUGUUGCAAUGCCUAGUACGCCAGCUUCACCGACAGUGAUCGCUGAUUACACCAUACCAAGAAAGGAUGUAGUAAUUUUGCUGGACGGCUCAGAUGGCACUAGGAAUUCUUUCCCAGCAAUGCGUGAAUUUUUGCAAAGACUAGUAGAGCAAUUUAACAUAGAGGAAAACAGAGACCGUGUUUCUGUGGUACAGUACAGUAAAGACGCCGAGGCCCAUUUCUAUCUUAACACCUACGCUACAAAGGGGAGAUCCUUAACACUGUCAGGACUCUUAGGCACAGAGGAGGGAGACCCCUCAACACAGGGGCGGCUCUCCAGUACGUGAUGAACAAUGUCUUCACUGCCUCUGCUGGGAGUAGAAAGCAAGAGGGCGUUCCUCAGGUUCUUAUACUUUUCAGUGGAGGACGCUCAAACGAUAACAUAGAUACACCUGCCUCUGCUCUGAAAGAGAGUGGGGUCUUAAUU